AUGAAGCUCACUAACACAUCGACAUUGCUCAAUGCCUUCCAGGGUUUGAGGUUGUGUGCCUCUUCGCCUCUGCGACAACCUCAUACCCCUCUUCGGCAGUCUUUGAAGACCCUUGAUGCGAUUCGACAACCUCAAAAUGUUCGAGCCUUUUCAACGACCCCAUCAAUGUUAGGCAACUGGCUUGAGCCAAACCUGAACCGAAAGAAGAAGAUGGCAAAGGGACGACCUCGUGUGGCUACGGGUGGUUCGACCAAGGGUACGACAGUAAUUUGGGGCGACUAUGGUCUACGGAUGACGGAUCACCACCGAAGAAUCAGCGCCAAGCAAUUGAAGAUGGCCGAGGACACCAUCAAAGUGCGACUUCGAGGUCAAAAAUACCGAUUGUAUAAGCGAAAGAACUGUAACGUCGGUGUAUAUGUCAGCGGUAACGAUAUGCGUAUGGGUAAGGGUAAAGGUUCAUUCGAUCACUGGGCAACCCGAAUGGCUGUUAGCCAGAUUCUUUUCGAAAUCCGAGGACGACUUCACGAGCAAGUUGUGAGAGAUGCUUUUCGCUUGGCCGGUAACAAGCUGCCUGGUCAGUGGGAAUUCGUUAAGAAGGGAGAGCCUCCCAUGGUUGGAAUUACCAAGUUGGACGGCGUGACUCUAGAAGAGUUGAAAAGACCUCGACGACACAUUGCUCCCGUUGAACUACUGGAGGCUUCCUCGCCUACAACUGAGACUCUGGUCGGGAGCACUUCUGAAGCUUCCCGCAACCCCUAG